AUGUCUCUGGUGGACCUGUGGAGGAAGCUAGUGGAAGCAGCCAGGUCUGGACCGGACGAGGUCGGGAUCCUCAUGGCAAACGGAGCUCCCUUCACCAGGGCCCCUAUUCAUAAAGGCUGCGUCCCAAAUGUCACCCUAUUCCCUAUUUAGUGCACUACUUUUGACCAGGGCCAUUUGGUGCGCAGCAAAGCAUCUCAGAUUAAAAGUGCUGAUCUUGGAUCAGUUGGACCUUUUAGAUCAUUAGUAUUGAGAUUACAUGGGCAGGCGGGCUGGGUUAGUAUUGAGAUUACAUGGGCAGGCGGGCUGGGUUAGUAUUGAGAUUACAUGGGCAGGCGGGCUGGGUUAGUAUUGAGAUUACAUGGGCAGGCGGGCUGGGUUAGUAUUGAGAUCACAUGGGCAGGCGGGCUGGGUUAGUAUUGAGAUUACAUGGGCAGGCGGGCUGGGUUAGUAUUGAGAUUACAUGGGCAGGCGGGCUGGGUUAGUAUUGAGAUUACAUGGGCAGGCGGGCUGGGUUAGUAUUGAGAUUACAUGGGCAGGCGGGCUGGGUUACUGGACAAACUUUUACAUUUGAUUGAUUAACUGAUUGAUUGAUUGCCUGACUGAAUGACUGAUUAUUUGACUGACUGACUGACUGAUCGAUUGACUGAGUGAAUGACUGAUUAUUUGACUGACUGACUGACUGAUUGAUUGAUCGAUUGACUGACUGAAUGACUGAUUAUUUGACUGACUGACUGAUUGAUCGAUUGACUGACUGACUGACUGAUUGAUUGAUUGAUUGCCUGACUGAAUGACUGAUUAUUUGACUGACUGACUGAUUGAUCGAUUGACUGAGUGUCUGACUGAGAUCUCUCUACUCUACCUGUGUGUGUAGCUGGGGAUGUCCCCCUCCACCUGUCUGCCCAGUACGGUCAGUACUCCACCACGGAGGCCAGGGGUCAGCCAUGACGACACAUGCAUUGUAGAGGUCCUGAUCAAGGUACUCCCUCCGCAGGGUUAACUAUCUCUCUAACCAGGUGAGUCCCAUUUAGAUAAUACCUCCACAGGGUUAACUAUCUCUCUAACCAGGUGAGUCCCAUUAAGAUUUGAAUCUAUUUUUUCCAAGGGAGCAAACAAUUACACAGUAGUUUAUAAUGCUCUUAAUUCAUAUGUUCAACUUUACACAUGAAAUGUCACAAAUGACAAAGUUGUUUAAUUCAUUCAUAAAACAACAAGACAUUCAAAAUAAAUUGAUGAUGUUAUGAAUGAAAGAAAGGACCGUGAGAUGUGACGAUUCAGAUCCACCUGGACGACUUUGAUGUCUGUCCAAAACUCACGGCUCUGUUCAGACCUCCAUUAGAGAAGAUCAGUAGUCCUUCUUCUACCAUCACAGCCCCAAGCCUUCCCCUGUGAUCUCCUGCCAUCAGCAACACUCAUCCACUGUCAUAGGGCCACCGGGAUAACGCCGUUAUUAACUACACACUCAUCCACUGUCAUAGGGGAUGCGUUCGUAAUGCCACCCUUCCCCCUAUAUAGUGCACUACUUUUUAACCAAGGCCCGUAGGGUAGAAUACUAGAAUGACUACUCUCUAAUAGGGCCCCUGGGCAAAAGUAGUGCACUAAAUAGGGAAUAGGGUGCCAUUUGGGACACACCCAGGGACUGUAGGGCCCCUGUAGGGAACAGAGAACAGGGAACACAGGACAAUGGCCCCAUUGAUCUCUCUGCUCUGCUGUAGCAUGUAGCAUGGGACCCACUGACGUCAUUGACCAGGCCUGCUGUACAGGGGAAAUUCCUUAUUGCAUAAUGAAUGUCCCAACUGUCUGAGACAGUAAUGCUAGAUGUUGAUGUUGUUUUAUAGAUUGGUUAAUUGUUUAUAUUGAUAAAUUAACGAGUGGGUGAUUGAUAAGACGUCUGCUCUUUCGAUCGAACAAUUGAUUGGUUGAUCGAAAUCAAUUGAUCAAGUUCGAUUCGAUUGAUCGAGAUCAAUUCGAUAGAUCGAUAGAUUGACUGACAAACCCCCGCCCUGAUAUUGAAACUUGCUCAAUUACGAUAACAAUUUUCCUGAUGAGAGCGCAGGACGGUGUAAAGUUUUUUACAGGGGCAGCACUUUGACCUGAAAUUGUACUUACAGAAUGCACCUUUAAUCCAUAACCUUCUGAAAUAUGUCUCCCUGCCUUUAAAUAGUGAUCUGUGAUUUGUGUCUCCCUGCCUGUGGGUUAUUAGGUGUCUACGCAGGACCAGAUCCUCAGGGACCCUGUUCGCUGUGUGUAUUUGUACUAUGGAUUGGUUUCUGUCCCAUCAAUGACCUCCCUAGAGGAAUGAUUGGUUUCUAUCCCAUCAAUGACCUCCCUAGAGGAAUGAUUGGUUUCUGUCCCAUCAAUGACCUCCCUAGAGAAAUGAUUGGUUUCUGUCCCAUCAAUGACCUCCCUAGAGAAAUGAUUGGUUUCUGUCCCAUCAAUGACCUCCCUAGAGAAAUUAUUGGUUUCUGUCCCAUCAAUGACCUCCCUAGCGAAAUGAUUGGUUUCUGUCCCAUCAAUGACCUCCCUAGAGGAAUGAUUGGUUUCUGUCCCAUCAAUCGCCUCCCGAGAGAAAUGGUUGGUUUCUGUCCAAUCAAUCGCCUCCUGGGAGAAAUGAUUGGUUUCUGUCCCAUCAAUGAACUCCCGAGAUAAAUGAUUGGUUUCUGUCCCAUCAAUGACCUCCCUAGAGAAAUGAUUGGUUUCUGUCCCAUCAAUGACCUCCCUAGAGGAAUGAUUGGUUUCUGUCCCAUCAAUGACCUCCCUAGAGGAAUGAUUGGUUUCUAUCCCAUCAAUGACCUCCCUAGAGGAAUGAUUGGUUUCUGUCCCAUCAAUGACCUCCCUAGAGGAAUGAUUGGUUUCUGUCCAAUCAAUGACCUCCCUAGAGAAAUAAUUGGUUUCUGUCCCAUCAAUGACCUCCCUAGAGAAAUGAUUGGUUUCUGUCCAAUCAAUUACCUCCCUAGAGAAAUGAUAGGUUUCUGUCCAAUCAAUGACCUCCCUAGAGAAAUGAUUGGUUUCUGUCCCUUCAAUGACCUCCCUAGAGAAAUGAUUGGUUGCUGUCCAAUCAAUGACCUCCCUAGAGAAAUGAUUGGUUUCUGUCCAAUCAAUAACCUCCUGAGAGAAAUGAUUGGAUUCUGUCCCAUCAAUGACCUCCCUAGAGAAAUUAUUGGUUUCUGUCCAAUCAAUGUCCUCCCUAGAGAAAUGAUUGGUUUCUGUCCAAUCAAUGACCUCUCUAGAGAAAUGAUUGGUUUCUGUCCCUUCAAUGACCUCCCUAGAGAAAUGAUUGGUUGCUGUCCAAUCAAUGACCUCCCUAGAGAAAUGAUUGGUUGCUGUCCAAUCAAUAACCUCCAGAGAGAAAUGAUUGGUUUCUGUCCCAUCAAUGACCUCCCUAGAGAAAUUAUUGGUUUCUGUCCAAUCAAUGUCCUCCCUAGGAAAAUUAUUGGUUUCUGUCCAAUCAAUCGCCACCUAAGAGAAAUUAUUUGUUUCUGUCCCAUCAAUGACCUCCCUAGAGAAAUGAUUGGUUUCUGUCCCAUCAAUGACCUCCCUAGAGAAAUGAUUGGUUUCUGUCCAAUCAAUUGCCUCCUGAGAGAAAUGAUUGGUUUCUGUCCCGUCAAUGACCUCCCUAGAGAAAUGAUUGGUUUCUGUCCAGUCAAUGACCUCCCUAGGGAAAUGAUUGGUUUCUGUCCAAUCAAUGACCUCCCUAGAGAAAUGAUUGGUUUCUGUCCAAUCUGUGACCUCCUGAGAGAAAUGAUUGGUUGCUGUCCAAUCCACGACCUCCCAAGAGAAAUGAGUGGUUUCUGUCCAAUCUAUGACCUCCUGAGAGAAAUGAUUGGAUUCUGUCCAAUCAAUGACCUCCCUAUAGAAAUGAUUGGUUUCUGUCCAAUCAAUCGCCUCCUGAGAGAAAUGAUUGGUUUCUGUCCUAUCAAUGACCUCCCUAGAGAAAUGAUUGGUUUCUGUCCCAUCAAUGACCUCCCUAGAGAAAUGAUUGGUUUCUGUCCCAUCAAUGACCUCCCUAGAGAAAUGGUUGGUUUCUGUCCCAUCAAUGACCUCCCUAGAGAAAUGAAUGAGCGGGGGUGUUUUUUUCACAGUGUUUAAAUGUCAGAGGAUGGGAAUGGUGGGAACAGUGCAGCUGGUGCCUGGGCUUGUGGCAGUGUUAUACGUAUGGACGGUGUCCCAAAUGGCACCCUAUUCCCUAUAUAGUGCACUACUUUAGACCAGGGCCCAUAGUGAAUAGGGUUCCAUUUGGAAUUGGUCCAUGGUAUCUUCAGCCAUUGACAUAGACAGGUAUGACAAAGACCUUUGAUUCACUGUUUGGUCUCCAUUCUGUAAUAUUUCACCUUGUUUGUUUUGAAACCCUCAUACAACUCAAACAUCACAGAAACCACCAAUCUAACGUCAAUACAUUCAGCUUGUCAGACAGGAAGCCAACGUCAAUACAUUGAGCUAGUCAGAGAGGAGAGGGAACAAUAUACUUUCACAGAAUAGGUUUUGUGUGUGUGUGUAUAUGUGUGUGUGUGUAUGGUGUGUGUGUAUGGUGUGUGUGUAUGGUGUGUGUGUGUGUGAAUGGUGUAUGUGUGUGUGUAUGGUGUGUGUGUGUGUGUAUGGUGUGUGUGUUGUGUAUGGUGUGUGUGUGUAUGGUGUGUGUGUAUGGUGUAUGGUGUGUUGUGUGGUGUGUGUGUAUGGUGUGUGUGUAUGGUGUGUGUGUUGGUGUGUGUGUUGGUUUUGUGCGUGUGUUGUAUGGUGUGUGUGUAUGGUUGGUGUGUCUGGUGUGUGUGUGUGGUGUGUGUGUGUUGGUGUGUGGUGGGCUGGUGUGUGUGUGUUGUGUGUGUGUGUGUGUCUGGGUGUGGGUGGUUGUAGGUGUCUGGUGUGUGUGUGUCUGGUGUGUGUUCUGGUGUGUGUGUGUCUGGGUGGUGUGUGUGUGUGUCUGGUGGUGGGGUGUGGGUGUGGGUUGUGUGUGUGUGUGUGUGUGGUGUGUGGUGUGUGUGUGUGGGGGUGCUGGGGGUGUUGUUGGGUGUGUGUGUAUGGGUGUGUGUGUGUGUGUGUGUGUGUGGUGGGGGUGUGGUGUCUGUUGUGUGUGUGUGUGUGUGUGUGUGUUUGGUGUGGGUGUCUGGUGUGUGUGGUGGUGUUGGUUUGUGUGUGGUGUGUGUGUGUGUUGUGUGUGUGUGUGUUGUGUGUGGGUGUGUGUGGUGUUGUCUGUGUGUGGUGUCUGGUGUGUGUGUGUGGGUGGGUGUGUGUGCGUGGUGUUGGUCUUGUGUGUGUAUUUGGUGUGUAUGGUGUGUGUGUAUGGUGUGUGUAUGGUGUGUGUGUAUGGUGUGUGUGUAUGGUGUGUGUAUGGUGUGUGUGUAUGGUGUGUGUGUAUCUACAGGGACGUCUGGUGGACCUGAUGGCUGGUAUUAUUCCAGACAGUCAUUGAUCUCCCCAUAGCCAGGAGUAGAGACAUAUAAUGAUGGGGGGGGGGGGGUUCUCAAAAUGUGUGUGUGUGUGUGUGUGUGUGUGUGUGUGUGUGUUGUAUUGGCAUUAUCAAGUCAUUUAACAGGAAAAGCCUCCGUCAGAUGAAAGCAUUGGGUCUGCAUCAUCAACCUCUCUUUGACCAACACUCCACUGGAGAGCUUUCUGCAUCAUCAAAGCUGUAUGUCACAGUGAUCAGAAUCCAGUUUAAUAGAUACUUAGCUCUAUGAACCGAUGAGCCAGUGGUUCUUCUAUGGGGCUGAUUCGUUGACGAACAAUGAACUCCAGAGAGCAUACACAGCUUUGUUCAUUGUUUUCACGGAUGCAUCGUGUACGUAAAAGUUGUAAUGAGUUAAACUUUAUUUAUUUCAUUUUUUUUACCCCCUUUUUCUCCCCAGUUUCGAUCUUGUCUCAUCGCUGCAAGUCCCCAACGGGCUCGGGAGGCAAUGGUCGAGUCAUGCGUCCUUCGUAACACUCGCCCGCUUAACUCGGAAGCCAGCCACACCAAUGUGUCGGAGGAAACACUGUUCACCUGACGACCGAGGUCAGCCUGCAGGCACCCGGCCCGCCACAAGGAGUCGCUAGAGUGCUAUGAGCCAAGUAAAGCCCCCCAGUCAAACCCUCUCCUAACCUGGACGACGCUGGGCCAAUUGUGCGCUGCCCUAUGGGACUCCCGAUCACGGCCGGUUAUCAUAAAGCCCGGGAUCGAACCCGGGUCUGUAGUGACGCCUUAGACCGCUGCGCCACUCGGGAGGCCCUAAUGAGUUGAACUUUUGACAGGCAAUCACAGACAGUGACGAAUGCAUAUGCUUUUUUCAUCAGUCUCUGUGUGACCUUUCUGUGACCUUUCUAUGACCUUUGCAGAGGAGGUGUUUGCGGCGGACUCUGUGGACGGUGCCAUCCAACAGAUGGUCAGCUCCGGAGGUCAUCCAGCUCAGCAACCUGCAGACGGCCAGCGGCCUCGGCCAGUCAAUCUUACUGACCAUGCCGGACGGACAACAAGGUGAGAGAACGCUACACACACACAAACUGAAUAAAAAACAAAGUAUCCCAUCUCAAGUGGUUAAGUAAAAAAAUAAGUAAAAAAUGACUACAGCCUAUUAAGUGCCAAAAAAAGUAACAGGGUUGACCGUAACAGGGUUGACCGUAACAGGGUUGACCGUAACAGGGUUGACAGUAACGUGGUUGACUGUAACGUGGUUGACUGUAACGUGGUUGACCGUAACAGAGUUGACUGUAACAUGGUUGACCGCAACAUGGUUGACUGUAACAUGGUUGACCGUAACAGGGUUGACCGUAACAGGGUUGACCGUAACAGGGUUGACUUUAUCAGGGUUGACCGUAACAUGGUUGACUGAUGUGGGGGGACGUGUUGGAUAACAGAGUUGACGUGUUGGGUAACAGGGUUGACGUGGGGGGACGUGUUGGGUAACAGGGUUGACGUGUUGGGUAACAGGGUUGACGUGGGGGGACGUGUUGGGUAAUAGGGUUGACAUGUUGGGUAACAGGGUUGACAUGUUGGGUAACAUGGUUGACGUGUUGGGUAACAGGGUUGUCGUGUUGGGUAACAGGGUUGACGUGUUGGGUGACAGGGUUGACGUGUUGGGUAACAGGGUUGACGUGGGGGAUAACAGGGUUGACGUAGGGGGACGUGUUGGGUAACAGGGUUGACGUGUUGGGUAACAGGGUUGACGUGGGGGGACGUGUUGGGUAACAGGGUUGAUGUGUUGGGUAACAGGGUUGACGUGUUGGGUAACAGGGUUGACUUGGGGGGACGUGUUGGGUAACAGGGUUGACGUGUUGGGUAACAGGGUUGACGUGUUGGGUAACAGGGUUGACUGUUGCUAACAGGGUUGACGUGUUGUGCUCGACCCGCUCAGUUUUCCACCAAAAGAUGGCCAAAAAGCAGCUCAUCUGUUUUACACUGUGAUUUGACUAUUAGAUGUUCAAUGUUUCUUUAUAAAAAAAUAUUUUAAAAGGAAUAGUUUCACCAUUUUAAAACGAGAGUUCAGUUCACGUAAGAGGGUUAACCUUAAAAGGAGGGACAGUUUAUUUAAAAAAAAAUCUUACAAUGAAUCACUAAUCACAUGAAAUAAAUAAUAAUCUUCAGAAAUGAUUUUGUCAAAGCAACAAAAUAACUAGGGCUACUCGCUCUCACAAUGAAACAAUCACUCACAAAGACAAGGGGAACAGAGGGAACACUUAUACACAUACUAAUUAGGGGAAUGAGCACCAGGUGUGUGUGUGAUUGACAAGACAAGACAAGUAGAGUGAUGAGAAUGGGAUCGGCAGUAGCUAGUAAGCCGGUGACGAUGAACGCCGAAACCUGCCCGAACAAGGAGGGGAGGCAGCCUCGGCGGAAGUCGUGACACAUUCUUUAUGUUUCAUGGAUGGAUACAUGUCGUAAGAGUUAUUCCCCUUCAUUCAUCUGUCAUUGGGAGGUUUACCGUACGGCGAUAGUUUGACUCUGCAGGACAUCCUGCAUAUGAUAACAACGCAUGACUGUAAGUCGCUUUGGAUAAAAGCGUCUGCUAAAUGGCAUAUUAUUAUUAUUAUCUGUUUCUUCACUCAGACAUUGGCUGAGCAGAGUGAGACAUCCUGGACCUGGGUGCGUCCCAAAUGACAUCCUAUUUCCUUUAUGGUGCACUACUUUUGACCAGGGCCUAUAUGGCUAUAUAAGGGUAAAGGGUGCCAUGUGGGAUACAUCCCUAGGCCUACAUAAAUCAGAUAUACUCAAAACGCAAGCCACAUCCGGUGUGAUAUGUGAUUGGAAGCAUUUCAGUCAGCGAUUCCAUGAAAUAGCCCCAAGUGUUCUGAGUGAAACAUGUAACACCAGGUUGUUUACAGAGAUGACAUGAUUCUCUUCAAACAACAUUAGUGUAUCAUAUUAGGUCAUAGAGGGAAAAUGAGGAGUGAACAAAAGAUUCAUUCACUUUCAACACGUGUGUGUGUGUGUGUGUGUGUGUGUGUGUGUGUGUGUGUGUGUGUGUGUGUGUGUGUGUGUGUGUGUGUGUGUGUGUGUGUGUGUGUGUGUGUGUGUGUGUGUGUGUGUGUGUGUGUGUGUGUGAGAGAGAGAGAGCGUGUGUGUGCGUGCACGACCAUCACAUUGACCUAUUCAUCCCAGACAGAUAGACCCAUGAAGGGGAGAGGCAGAGUGCACCGCACCAGGGCAGGUGGAGAGAGGACCACUAUUGUGAAAUGAGUUGCAGCCCUUGAUGUUUAUUUAACUGUAGGUGGAAAGGUAGAGAAAACAGCCUUAGUUUCUAUCAGUCUACGUCAGUACCUUCAGGGCGGUCUCCCUUGGUGGCCCUGUAUAUAUGUCUGUACCUCUGUCUCUAAGCUAAACCUACAACACAACACCAGCAGAGAGAAACACUGAUCUAUUAUCCUACUGCACAUCUGUCAGCUGACACAACUCUAUUAUUACAAGGAUGCAGGCAGAGGAAUACAACCACAGAGGUAAGCUUGGCUUCUUCUUUAUAUAGUGUAGAGUAAAGCUUAAACCAUGUAUUUAGAUUGUAGGUAGGUAUUGUAGCUAGGUAGAUGGUUGGUAUUGUAGGUAGGUAGAUGGUUGGUAUUGUAGGUAGUUAUUGUAGGUAGGUAGAUGGUUGGUAUUGUAGGUAGUUAUUGUAGGUGGGUAGAUGGUUGGUAUUGUAGGUAGUUAUUGUAGGUAGGUAGAUGGUUGGUAUUGUAGGUAGGUAGAUGGUUGGUAUUGUAGGUAGUUAUUGUAGGUGGGUAGGUGGUUGGUAUUGUAGGUAGUUAUUGUAGCUAUGUAGAUGGUUGGUAUUGUAGGUAGUUAUUGUAGGUGGGUAGAUGGUUGGUAUUGUAGGUAGUUAUUGUAGCUAGGUAGAUGGUUGGUAUUGUAGGUAGUUAUUGUAGGUAGGUAAAUGGUUGGUAUUGUAGGUAGUUAUUGUAGGUAGGUAGAUGGUUGGUAUUGUAGGUAGUUAUUGUAGGUGGGAGAUGGUUGGUAUUGUAGGUAGUUAUUGUAGGUAGGGAGAUGGUUGGUAUUGUGGUAGUUUUUGUGGUGUGGUUGGUUUGUAGGUCGUUCUUGUAGGUAGGUCGCUGGUUGGUUUGUAGGUCGUUCUUGUCGGUGGGUAGAUGGUUGGUUUGUCGGUAGUUACUUGUAGGUGGGUCGAUGGUUGGUAUUGUAGGUGUUCUUGUAGGUGGGUAGAUGGUUGGUUGUAGGUAGUUUUGUAGCUGGUAGAUGGUUGGUAUUGUAGGUAGUUAUUGUAGGUAGGUAGAUGGUUGGUAUUGUAGGUAGUUAUUGUAGCUAGGUAGAUGGUUGGUAUUGUAGGUAGUUAUUGUAGGUGUUGUAAUUGUUAUUACUACCACAACUGCUACUAAUAUAGUGAGACAGGUGGGGUUUUAUUUGCUUGUGGGUUAGAGAGCAGGUGUAGAGGGCGGCAGGUAGCCUAGCGGUGAAGAGUGUUGGGCCAGUAACUGAAAGGUCGCUGGAUUGAAUCCCCGAGCCGACUAGGUGAAAUAAUCUGUUGAUGUGCCCUUGAGCAAGGCACUUAACCCAAAUUGCUCCUGUAAAUUGCUCUGGAUAAGAGUGUCUGCUAAAUGACUAAAAUGUAAAUGAGUGGUAGGGUGGAUCACCAGUCUCUCAAAAGGGAUUGAAAGAGGGAGACAGCACAGUUAAAGCACAACUUUGACAGAAAGAGGGCUGGUUUCCUAGAUUAGUCCUAGACUAUAACACACUUUCUAUGGGGAAUCACCAUUGAGAAUGAUUUUAGUCCAGGAGCAGCCUAAUCUUAAUUAAUCUGUACCAGAGAGUGUAACGGUAACCUGUCUGUUGUGUUUUAUACCCUGAAAAAGGCAUCAUGCCAAAACACAGUGAUUUAAAUAAUCCUAAAUCUAUUUCCAUUGAUCUCAAACAGUGGCUGAACAUGGUUUGUGAUUGACAUCCUAUAUAAUAUAAUAUGAUAUCUAACAUCGUGUAAUCUGACUGUUGUGUGUUAUUCCUCGUCCAGGGAAGGAGAUGGUGGAUUACAUCACUAGGUACCUGACCACCAUCAGAGAGAGGAGGGUGACCCCGGGCCCUGAGGUGAAGCCUGGCUAUAUGAGAGAGCUGCUGCCAGACAGCGCCCCCACUGACCCGGAGGACUGGGACUGUAUCUUCAGGGACAUAGAGAAGGUCAUCAUGCCUGGGGUACGUUACGUUCACACAUUACAUGUCAAGGACCUCAAUAGCCGAGUGACUAUGAGACGUUACCAGGACCAUUGUGGGUCAAACAUUAAUUGUUCACUGUAUCACUGUAACUUGUUGUAAGGCUAUUGGUGUGUGUGUGUGUGUGUGUGUGUGCGUGUGUGUGUGUGUGUGCGUGCGUGUGUGUGUGCGUGCGUGUGUGUGUGUGUGUGUGUGUGUGUGUGCGUGUGCAUGUGUGUGUGUUGGUCAGGUGGUCCACUGGCAGAGCCCCCACAUGCAUGCGUACUACCCAGCCUUGACCUCCUGGCCCUCCAUGUUAGGAGACAUGCUGGCUGAUGCCAUUAACAACAUCGGAUUCACCUGGGUAAUUAUCUUAUCACGUCAAACGUUAUUUACACUUUGUGUGGAACUACACAAAAUUAACUCACUUAAUUAUCCCCCUAAAGUUUUGGUUUAAAGACCUGAAUAUCAUGUUUUUUAAAAGAUAUUUCCAGGGAGCACAUUAACUGUGACAUUAAGUUUGUGAGUUUGUUUCCCACAUGAGCCGUGGGUUAACUGUAAGUUACUUUGGAUACAAGCAUCUGCUACAGAAAACUCCUGGAGGAAAUCCUAUAGUAGUGUGAUAUUAUAAUCUAAUGAUGAAUUAUUUAUGAUAGAAUAACAUGAUGUUGUUGUGUUGUUUCCAGGCCUCCAGCCCGGCGUGUACAGAGCUGGAGAUGAACGUGAUGGACUGGUUGUGUAAAGCCCUGGAUCUCCCCUCCUUCUUCCUCCACCACCACCCAGACAGCACUGGGGGAGGCAUACUUCAGGUAGGAAAGAUACACCUGACCAUACUCACCUUUACAAUACCAACUUGACAGCACCGGAGGAGGCAGGUAGACAUGUACUCUCACAGCACCACCUAGUGGUGAAUGGGAAUACCAUCCUCUACGCUCCUCUCUGACCACCGUGAAUUAGAGAACCCUGGUGUUUAAAUUCACAUGAACACAACAUAUUAACAUAUUAAUCUUUCUCUCCUUCUUCCUCCCUCUCCCCUCUAAUCCCUCUCUCCCAUCAUCCCUCUAUCCUCUCAUAGCACAGUAAAUAAUUUAAAUUUACCUCAAUGUAAUGCCUUUCUCUCUCCCUCUCUGUCUCCCUCCCUCUCUCCUCCCUUCCCCUCCUCCCUACCUCCUCUCUCCCCGCAUCCCUCUCUCCCGCAUCCCUCUCUCCUCCCUUCCUUCCCUCCCCUCUCUCCCCGCAUCCCCCUCUCUCCCGCAUCCCUCUCUCCCGCAUCCCUCUCUCCUCCCUUCCUUCCUCACCCCUCUCUCCCCGCAUCCCUCUCUCCUCCCUUUCUUCCCUCCCUCCCUCCCCUCUCUCCCCGCAUCCCUCUCUCCUCCCUUUCUUCCCUCCCUACCUCCCCUCUCCCUACCUCCCUCUCUCCCCGCAUCCCUUUCUCCUCCCUUUCUUCCCUCCCUCCCUCUCCUCUCUCCCCGCAUCCCUCUCUCCCCGUAACCCUCUUUCUUCCCUCCCUCCCUCCCCUCUCCCCGCAUCCCUCUCUCCCGCAUCCCUCUCUCCCCGCAUCCCUCUCUCCCCGUAACCCUCUUUCUUCCCUCCCUCCCUCCCCUCUCCCCGCAUCCCUCUCUCCCGCAUCCCCCUCUCCCCGCAUCCCUCUCUCCUCCCUUCCUUCCCUCCCUGCCUCCCCUCUCUCCCCGCAUCCCUCUCUCCCGCAUCCCUCUCUCCUCUCAGAGCACAGUGAGUGAGAGUAGUCUGGUAGCUCUGCUGGCUGCCAGGAAGGCCAGGAUCCAGCAGCUGAAGAGGACAGAGGCAGCAGACAGAGACCUGGACGACUCAGUGGUCAACUCCAGACUGGUGGCCUACGCAUCAGACCAGGUCAAGAUGGGAUGGGUUAGGGACCCACACACACACACACACAUAUGCAACGUUUGCAAACAUUUACUGUACGCAUGCACCUGCACAAACAAACAGUGAGUACUGCAUAAUGAGAGAUUGACUCUCCGUCUGUCUGUCCGUCUGUCUGUCUGUCUGUCUGCCCACCUAUAUGUCUGUCUGUCCGUUUGUCCGUCCAUCUGUCUGUCUAAUCUCUACCUCCAUCAGGCUCACUCCUCAGUGGAGAAGGCAGGUCAGAUCUCCCUGGUGAAGAUCAGGUUCCUCCCUACAGAUGACCACUUCUCCCUGAGAGGAGACACUCUGAAACAGGCCAUCCAGGAGGACAGGAGGAGAGGACUAGUACCUGUCAUGGUAGGUCAUGGUAGGGUAUAUUAGGGGGUGGUAGGUCAUGGUAGGUCAUGGUAGGGUAUAUUAGGGGGUGGUAGGUCAUGGUAGGUCAUGGUAGGGUAUAUUAGGGGGUGGUAGGUCAUGGUAGGGUAUAUUAUGGGUGGUAGGACAUGGUAGGUCAUGGUAGGUCAUGCUACAGUAUAUUAGGGUGUGGUGGGACAUGGUAGGUCAUGGUAGGGUAUAUUAGGGGAUGGUAUGUCAUUGUAGGGUAUAUUAGGGGAUGGUAGGUCAUGGUAGGGUAUAUUAGGGAGUGGUAGGUCAUGGUAGGGUAUAUUAGGAGGUGGUAGGUCAUGAUAGGGUAUAUUAGGGGGUGGUAGGUCAUGGUAGGGUAUAUUAGUGUAUGGUAGGUCAUGGUAGAGUAUAUUAGGGGGUGGUAGGUCAUGGUAGGGUAUAUUAGGGGGUGGUAGGUCAUGAUAGGGUAUAUUAGGGGAUGCUAGGUCAUGGUAGGGUAUAUUAGGGUAUGGUAGGUCAUGGUAGAGUAUAUUAGGGGAUGGUAGGUCAUGGUAGGGUACAUUGCGGAGUGGUAGGUCAUGGUAUAGUGUAUUAGAGGGUGGUAGGUCAUGAUAGGGUAUAUUAGGGGGUGGUAGGUCAUGGUAGGGUAUAUUAGGGGGUGGUAGGUCAUGAUAGGGUAUAUUAGGGGGUGGUAGGUCAUGGUAGGGUAUAUUAGGGGGUGGUAGGUCAUGGUAGGGUAUACCAGGAGAUAGUAGGUCAUGGUAGGGUAUAUUAGAGGGUGGUAGGUCAUGGAAGAGUGUAUUAGGGGAUGGUAGGUCAUGGUAGGGUACAUUAUGGAGUGGUAGGUCAUGGUAGGUAAUUGUAGGGUAUAUUAGGGUAUGGUAGGUCAUGGUAGGGUGUAUUAGGGAGUGGUAGGUCAUGGUAGGGUAUAUUAGGGUAUGGUAGGUCAUGGUAGAGUGUAUUAGGGGAUGGUAGGUCAUGGUAGAGUAUAUUAGGGGGUGGUAGGUUAUGGUAGGGUAUAUUAGGAGACAGUAGGUCAAUGUUAGGGUAUAUAAGGGGUUGGUAGGUCAUUGUAGAGUAUAUAAGGGGGUGGUAGGUCAUGGUAGGGUAUACCAGGAGAUAGUAGGUCAUGGUAGGGUAUAUUUGGGGGUGGUAGGUCAUGGUAGGGUAUAUUUGGGGGUGGUAGGUCAUGGUAGGGUUAAUUAGGGGGUGGUAGGUCAUUCAUGGUAGGAGACACUCUGAGACAGGAGGACAGGAGGACAGGAGGACAGGAAGACAGGAGGACAGGAGGACAGGAGGACAGGAGGACAGGAAGACAGGAGGACAGGAGGACAGGAGGAGAGGACUGGUGGCUGUAAGGGUAGGGGACGCGACAUUAGAAUGCUGUAAUACUGAGAUAUUGUAAGGUUUUACUGACAGUAGAGCUCAUAGGUUGUUUUAGCCUCCUAAUUUGAAUGACCUCUGAACGUGAACAGUUGUAACCAAGAUUGUAACCAAGGCUGUAACCAAGGCUGUAACCAAACAAAUGAUAAUGUUUGUUUGGUUGGUUGUUUCAGCUGUUUGCCACUCUGGGGACCACAGGGGUGUGUGCCUUUGACAACCUGUCAGAGCUGGGACCAGUGUGUACGUCUGCAUCUCUAACCUCUCAUUAUUAUACACACCUGUAUGACACACAACAUGCAUGACACAUAACAUGUAUGACACAUAACAUGUAUGACAUAUUACCUAUGUAUGACCUUGGAGAAUCUCAGGGUCCUGGGUCCAUAUUCAUAAAGUGUCUCAGAGUAAAGAGCACUGGUCUAGGAUCAGUUUGACCUUUUAGAUCAUAAUGAAUAAUAUUUAAUGAACAGGGGGGGACCUGAUCCGAGAUCAGCACUCCAACUCUGAGACGUUACUCCCGCAAGGCUACUUUAUACUUAGUCUGAGACGCUGUAUGAAUACAGAUAAGGGUCGCAGGUUCAAGUUCCACUCGGACUCCCACCACCCCCAGAUUCUCUGCAAAACUUGUUUUGUAUUCCUCCCCCUGCCUGGCCUAGGUGCAGAGGAAGGUCUGUGGCUGCAUGUGGACGCGGCGUACGCUGGCUCAGCGUUCUUCUGCCCUGAGCUGAGAGGUCCUCUGGAGGGCAUAGAGUACGCUGACUCCUUCGUGUUCAACCCCUCCAAAUGGAUGAUGGUCCACUUCGACUGCACCGCCUUCUGGUGAGAGAGAGGGGAGGGAGAGAGGGAGGGAGGGAGGGAGGGAGGGAGGGAGGGAGAGAGAGAGGAAGGGGAGGGAGGGAGGGAGGGAGGAAUAUUUAAAAUAAUUUCUUAAUUAAUAAACAUUAUUUCAAAGACCGCCGAAAAUCCGGUGUUUCUAUGUCCAACGGUUUUGUUAUAUUGGGAUGCAAACUCAAAAUGUAAUACAUUUCAACUCUAUAUCUGACAUGGUACAGGUGUCUUCUUUUUUUAAGCCCAUAACCAUGUGUGUGAGGUGUAUACUUUUGUUCCAAAGACUACCAAGAAUCACUCUGUGUGACCCUGAUUUAGCCCACUGCAGUAAAAGGUUUUAAAAAGAGAGAGGGGGGUAGAGAGGAGCUAUGACCACCCUUAAGGGCUUUCCAGACACGAAGCGGCGGUGGAGUUGCCCAUUCAUUUUCAAUGGAGCUAUCCAGGCAGAGCGAUCAGCGGUGCUCGUGCACGUGAAAGCCGCUCAGCCGAGGCAGAGAAAAUAGGAAUCUGCCCUAUUUUGGCGAACUCCGCUCCACUCAACCCUGUUGGGACCUGUACGGCGGUCCCAACAGGGUGAAGGACGAGCUGGGGACAGAGAGAGAUAGUAACGUGUUGUUUUUCUACGGCGGUCCCAACAGGGUGAAGGACGAGCUGGGGACAGAGAGAGAUAGUAACGUGUUGUUUUAAUACGGCGGUCCCAACAGGGUGAAGGACGAGCUGGGGACAGAGAGAGAUAGUAACGUGUUGUUUUUCUACGGCGGUCCUAACAGGGUGAAGGACGAGCUGGGGACAGAGAGAGAUAGUAACGUGUUGUUUUUCUACGGCGGUCCCAACAGGGUGAAGGACGAGCUGGGGACAGAGAGAGAUAGUAACGUGUUGUUUUUCUACGGCGGUCCUAACAGGGUGAAGGACGAGCUGGGGACAGAGAGAGAUAGUAAUGUGUUGUUUUUCUACGGUGGUCCCAACAGGGUGAAGGACGAGCUGGGGACAGAGAGAGAUAGUAACGUGUUGUUUUUCUACGGCGGUCCCAACAGGGUGAAGGACGAGCUGGGGACAGAGAGAGAUAGUAACGUGUUGUUUUUCUACGGCGGUCCUAACAGGGUGAAGGACGAGCUGGGGACAGAGAGAGAUAGUAACGUGUUGUUUUUCUAUGGCGGUCCUAACAGGGUGAAGGACGAGCUGGGGACAGAGAGAGAUAGUAACGUGUUGUUUUUCUACGGCGGUCCCAACAGGGUGAAGGACGAGCUGGGGACAGAGAGAGAUAGUAACGUGUUGUUUUUCUACGGCGGUCCUAACAGGGUGAAGGACGAGCUGGGGACAGAGAGAGAUAGUAACGUGUUGUUUUUCUACGGCGGUCCUAACAGGGUGAAGGACGAGCUGGGGACAGAGAGAGAUAGUAACGUGUUGUUUUUCUACGGCGGUCCUAACAGGGUGAAGGACAAGUACAAGCUCCAGCAGACUUUCAGUGUCGACCCCGUCUACCUCAGACACGAAAACUCAGACGAAGCCACCGACUUCAUGGUACAAACCACCUACAUUUGACAUUUUAGUCAUUUAGAAGACGCUCUUAUAAUAAUAUGCCAUUUAGCAGACGCUUUUAUCCAAAGCGACUUACAGUCAUGUGUGCAUACAUUUUUACGUAUGGGUGGUCCCGGGGAUUGAACCCACUACCCUGGCGUUACAAGCGCCAUGCUCUACCAAUUGAGCUACAGUGGACCACUUAUCCAGAGUGCAUACAUUUUCGUACUUUCUUCAUGCUGGUUUCCCUUGGGAAUCGAACCCACAACCCUGGCGUUGCAAGCUCUAUCAUCUAUACCUACCUACCAACUUGCAGACUUUAUUUUUGAACAGUUACUUCACGGUCCACACUACAUACUGUUUUUCUACUCCUGCCUUUAAACACAGAUCUGGGACCAGCUUUACCCAAGUCCUAGCAUUAGCCACUGCCGGGAAAGCAUGCAACUCUUGAAACGGAUCUUGAUCUUGAUUUUGAAACUGAUCUUGAUCUUAAUAUUACUAUAGAUGUUAAUGUUGAUCCUGCUCCACUGUGUCUGUCAGCAUUGGCAGAUCCCCCUGAGUCGACGGUUCCGCUCUCUGAAGCUGUGGUUCGUGAUGCGCUCCUUCGGACUGAAGAACCUUCAGGGACACAUCAGACACGUAUGUAACCUACCUACCUACCUACCUACCUACCUACCUACCUACCUGCCUGCCUGCCUGCCUGCCUGCCUACCUGCCUGCCUGCCUGCCUGUCUGUCUGUCUGUCUGUCUGUCUGUCUCUCUGCCUGUCUGCCUGCCUGCCUGCCUGCCUGCCUGCCUGCCUGUCUGUCUGUCUGUCUGUCUGUCUGUCUGUCUGCCUGCCUGUUUCUUUCUCCCUCUGUAAUUUGAGAUGCUGCAUUACAGUGACUGACCCCUGCUCUGUAAUGUGAGAUGCUGCAUUCCAGUGACUGACCCCUGCUCUGUAAUGUGAGAUGCUGCAUUCCAGUGACUGACCCCUGCUCUGUAAUGUGAGAUGCUGUAUUCCAGUGACUGACCCCUGCUCUGUAAUGUGAGAUGCUGCAUUCCAGUGACUGACCCCUGCUCUGUAAUGUGAGAUGCUGUAUUCCAGUGACUGACCCCUGCUCUGUAAUGUGAGAUGCUGCAUUCCAGUGACUGACCCCUGCUCUGUAAUGUGAGAUGCUGUAUUCCAGUGACUGACCCCUGCUCUGUAAUGUGAGAUGCUGCAUUCCAGUGACUGACCACUACUCUGUAAUGUGAGAUGCUGUAUUCCAGUGACUGACCCCUGCUCUGUAAUGUGAGAUGCUGCAUUCCAGUGACUGACCCCUGCUCUGUGUUUUCAGGGUGUGGAGAUGGCUAAGCUACUGGAGUCCCUGGUUAGAUGUGACCCUAACUUUGACCUGCCUGCUGAGAGACACCUUGGCUUGGUGGUGUUCUGUCUCAAGGUAUGUGGCCUAUACUUGUAUUGUAAAGUUGUAUUGUGUUGCAUUGUAUUGUAUUGUAUUGUGUUGUGUUGUGUUGUGUUGUGUUGUGUUGUGUUGUGUUGUGUUGUGUUGUGUUGUGUUGUGUUUGUGUUGUGUUGUGUUGUGUUGUGUUUGUGUUUGUGUUGUGUUGUGUUGUGUUGUGUUGUGUUGUGUUGUCCCGUUGUGUUGUGUUGUCCCGUUGUGUUGUGUUCUGUUGUCUUGUGUUGUGUUCUCUUGUGUUUCUUUUGUGUUUGUGUUGUCUUGGUCCCGUUGUGUUGUCUUGUGUUGUGUUGUCUUGUGUUGUCUUGUCUCGUCGUCUUUGUUGUUGUGUUGUCCUUGUCCCGUUGUGUUGUGUUGUCUUGUGUUGUGUUGUCUUGUCCCGUUUGUGUUGUCUUCUGUUUUCUUGUGUUGUGUUGUCUUGUCCCGUUGUGUUGUCUUCUGUUGUGUUUGUCUUGUCCCGUUGUGUUGUCUUGUCCCGUUGUGUUGUAUUGUGUUGUAUUGUAUUGUAUUGUGUUGUAUUGUAUUGUGUUGUGUCAUAUACUGUACAUCUCCCAUUGAGGAACAUGUGAACAGGAUUCACCAUCCCACACAGAAAACAGUAUAGAGAUAGGUUUCUACAACAUCCACAUACAGUGAGGGAAGAAAGUAUUUGAUCCCCUGCUGAUUUUGUACGUUUGCCCACUGACAAAGACAUGAUCAGUCUAUAAUUUUAAUGGUAGGUUUAUUUGAACAGUGAGAGACAGAAUAACAACAACAAAAUCCAGAAAAAUGCAUGUAAAAAAUGUUAUGAAUUGAUUAGCAUUUUAAUGAGGGAAAUAAGUAUUUGACCCCUCUGCAAAACAUGAUUUAGUAUUUGGUGGCAAAACCCUUGUUGGCAAUCACAGAGGUCAGACGUUUCUUGUAGUUGGCCACCAGGUUUGCACACAUCUCAGGAGGGAUUUUGUUCCACUCCUCUUUGCAGAUCUUCUCCAAGUCAGUAAGGUUUCGAGGCUGACAUUAACCUUCAGCUCCCUCCACAGAUUUUCUAUGGGAUUAAGGUCUGGAGACUGGCUAGGCCACUCCAGGACCUUAAUGUGCUUCUUCUUGAGCCACUCCUUUGUUGCCUUGGCCGUGUGUUUUGGGUCAUUGUCAUGCUGGAAUACCCAUCCACGACCCAUUUUCAAUGCCCUGGCUGAGGGAAGGAGGUUCUCACCCAAGAUUUGACGGUACAUGGCCCCGUCCAUCGUCCCUUUGAUGCUGUGAAGUUGUCCUGUCCCCUUAGCAGAAAAACACCCCCAAAGCAUAAUGUUUCCACCUCCAUGUUUGACGGUGGGGAUGGUGUUCUUGGGGUCAUAGGCAGCAUUCCUCCUCCUCCAAACACGGCGAGUUGAGUUGAUGCCAAAGAGCUCGAUUUUGGUCUCAUCUGACCACAACACUUUCACCCAGUUCUCCUCUGAAUCAUUCAGAUGUUCAUUGGCAAACUUCAGAAGGCCCUGUAUAUGUGCUUUCUUGAGCAGGGGGACCUUCCGGGCGCUACAGGAUUUCAGUCCUUCACGGCGUAGUGUGUUACCAAUUGUUUUCUUGGUGACUAUGGUCCCAGCUGCCUUGAGAUCAUUGACAAGAUCCUCCCGUGUAGUUCUGGGCUGAUUCAUCACCGUUCUCAUGAUCAUUGCAACUCCACAAGGUGAGAUCUUGCAUGGAGCCCCAGGCUGAGGGAGAUUGACAGUUAUUUUGUGUUUCUUCCAUUUGCGAAUAAUCGCACCAACUGUUGUCAUCUUCUCACCAAGCUGCUUGGCGAUGGUCUUGUAGCCCAUUCCAGCCUUGUGUAGGUCUACAAUCUUGUCCCUGACAUCCUUGGAGAGCUCUUUGGUCUUGGCCAUUGUGGAGAGUUGGGAAUCUGAUUGAUUGAUUGCUUCUGUGGACAGGUGUCUUUUAUACAGGUAACAAACUGAGAUUAGGAGCACUCUCUUUAAGAGUGUGCUCCUAAUCUCAGCUCAUUACCUGUAUAAAAGACACCUGGGAGCCAGAAAUCUUUCUGAUUGAGAGGGGGUCAAAUACUUAUUUCCCUCAUUAAAAUGCAAAUCGAUUUAUAACAUUUUUGACAUGCGUUUUUCUGGAUUUUGUUGUUGUUAUUCUGUCUCUCACUGUUCGAAUAAACCUACCAUUAAAAUUAUAUACUGAUAAUUUUUUUGUCAGUGGACAAACAUACAAAAUCAGCAGGGGAUCAAAUACUUUCUUCCCUCACUGUAGCUGGUUCUUAUGUCAUGGUUACCUGUCAACAUACUGUAUAGGUCAGACGCCAGUCUAUUGCUCUGAGCUGGGUAAUGAUUGACAGGUUAUUCUUGUUCAUGGCAAUAUACAGCUUAGAGAUCAACCGCUAUCACAGCCAGGAGUUCGAAGGUCAAAGGUCAGCCAUUGUCUGUGUGAGCCUGUGAGGUAACAGGUAUGUGUGUGACUCCUUCACGUGGAAAACCCAACUCUAAGGCUGGGAUUCAAUCUGAUCACGCUCUUUCGACAAUGCUCCAUUUAAAGGUAAUUUCCGAUUGAGCCUACAUAUGCAGCGUUUACCGUGAAUGAGGUCUCCGCUAAUGCGGGAACAUUGCCUUUAAAAGCAGCAUUGUCUCCAACCUGAUUGGAUUGAAUCCCGGCCUAAGUAUUGAACCCAACUCUAACCUGAUUGGAUUGAAUCCUGGCCAAAGAAUUGAAUCCAACUCUAACCUGAUUGGAUUGAAUCCCGGCCUAAGUAUUGAACCCAACUCCAACCUGGUUGGUUUGAAUCCCGGCCUAAGUAUUGAACACAACUCCAACAUGAUUGGAUUGAAUCCCGGCCUAUGUAUUGAACACAACUCCAACAUGAUUGGAUUGAAUCCCGGCCUAUGUAUUGAACCCAACUCCAACCUGAUUGGAUUGAAUCCCAGCCUAAGUAUUGAGUCCAACUCCAACCUGUCUAGAUUGAAUCCCGGCCUAAGUAUUGAACCCAACUCUAAACAUUCAACAGAAGUUAAGGGUGUAUUCAAAACUCACCUUUUAUUGACUUCUACAGAGUAAAUCCAUAGCAGAACAACGUUGAGUCCUGUUACCUUCCUCAGGCUACAUUCAGGGAACCAUUUUAUUUUUUCCUUCCUUACACACUAAGUCUCAGGGUCUCUUGUCAUUGUCGAAAUGUCGAGAGCUUGUUGAGAGGUUCUCGAGAGACAAUAGUGUUGUGUAAACUUGUGAAAUUCUCACGUCUCGAGCGCUACCUCUGUAGGUCGCACAUGACACUCACCCGACAGUUCCACCCGUCCAAGCAGGACGGUGUAAACAGAAUUGUCUCGUUCAGCCCGACACUCCUACAGUAUAAAUGGUAAUCGCAGAGCAAUGUUUUUAAAUGUAUAGACAUUUUCCUAAUAUUUGAGACUUGUUUUAUUGAGUUUUUAACUGAAAUUGCAGUAACAGCCUGUUACAUUCUGAAAUUGUCGGAGUAGCUAACAGCUACACUGAGGCACGUAGAACUAUGGAAGCCCAACCCCCCAUCAUCAAACAUGUAAAAUGGUUUGAGAUCAGACAAAUAGGAUAUGUUUUUUCAUUUGUAACAAUGUGUGGAGAUUUCAGAGGUUCCUCCACAGGUCCCAGAGUGUUGGGGGGGGGGGGGGAAUUGUUUUCCUGGGGCCCAGAGUUUUUCCUGAUCUGGUAGGCUAACCUAACCAACUCAGGACCUUAGUUGUAGCGUAUGACAUAGCAAUAAAUCAGCUGUAAAUAAAUUUUUAAAAACGGUUUUGGGAGCAGAUUAUUUUUCUAAUCAGGUCCAGUGAUGUAGUGGUAAAGAAAAUGGGUGGGUAAACUGAUCGCCAGUCAGCUAUCUGAUCAAUGUAAACUGAUCGCCGUUCAGCUAUCUGAUCAAUGUAAACUGAUCGCCGGUCAGCUAUCUGAUCAAUGUAAACUGAUCGCCGGUCAGCUAUCUGAUCAAUGUAAACUGAUCGCCGGUCAGCUAUCUGAUCAAUGUAAACUGAUCGCCGGUCAGCUAUCUGAUCAAUGUAAACUGAUCGCCGGUCAGCUAUCUGAUCAAUGUAAACUGAUCGCCGGUCACAGUGAAAAAACGUAAUGCUCCCUAUACUUUUAAUGCAUUUUUCCGCAAAAGGUGGGUAAACUGUUGGGCAACUAAGGUAGACUGCAUUUACUUGCCUGUUGUACCCUCCACUACACCACUGGUCAGGUCAUAUGUUGUUUUACCUCCUGGAAAAACUCCUGGCCCGAGGUAGGAUGAAAACAUUAAAACCCUGUCAAACUGCAGAGACCUUGUACCUGUUCAUAUGGAUUCUAUUUGAAAACUAAACUAACAGGGGGUGGUCCUUUACGCAGAAAAAGAGACAGCAACUGCGAUUGGACAAUAGAACUAACAGGGCGGAGCUUGCUGUAUGCAGGGUUGCAUCGUUAGGCCUUUGCAUCUGUAAUUAAAGGUAUACUCAUACAGUAUGUCAUCACUAUUAAUGUUGAUUGAUUAAUUCCAGUCAAUCAUUUUGGAUUAAAAAGGCCUAGGUAGCCUAGCAACAUGAAGUCUGAAUAUAAACCAAAUUUGAUUACAUUCACAUUUUCUCAGAACACGAAUAAAUGGGCCUAUUUUAUGUUAUACAUACAGAGCUUAUUUACAUAUUAUGUCAAUUUAAAUAUUGUCGCACUGCCUCUCCUUAAACUUCCGUCAAUGAGAAAAGGGCCAAACACAGGUGUCCCUCAACUGUCAAAUCUAUCUCUCUCUGCCUCCCCCCCUCUCUCUCUGUCCCCCCCCCCUCUCUCUCUGCCUCCCCCCCCCUCCUCUCUCUGCCCCCCCCCUCUCUCUCUGCCUCCCCCCCCCUCUCUCUCUGCCUUCCCCCUCUCUCUCUGCCUCCCCCCCCCCCCCUCUCUCUCUGUCUCACCCCCCCCCCCCUCCCCUCUCUCUCUGUCCCCCCCCCUCUCUCUCUGUCUCACCCCCCCCCUCCCUCCCCUCUCUCUCUGCCCCCCCCCCCUCUGUCCCCCCCCCCCUCUCUCUGUCCCCCCCCCUCUCUCUCUGUCCCCCCCUCUCUCUCUGCCCCCCCCCCCUCUCUCUCUGUCCCCCCCCUCUCUCUCUGCCCCCCCCCCCCUCUCUCCGUCCCCCCUCUCUCUCUGUCCCCCCCUCCUCCCCUCCCCUCUCUCUCUGUCCCCCCCUCUCUCUCUGUCCCCCCCUCCCUCCCCUCCCCUCUCUCUCUGUCCCCCCCCCCCCUCUCUCUCUGUCCCCCCCCCCCCCCCCCCCCCUCUCUCUCUGUUUCAGAAAGGGAAUGCCCUGACUCAGGAGUUGCUACAGCGACUGACGCGGUCCGGCACCAUGUACCUUGUCCCCGCCGACAUCGACAGGAAACGCAUCAUCCGCUUCACCGUGACGUCACAGCUGACCACCUCAGAUGACAUCAUCAGGGACUGGAAUAUCAUUCGCAAAAUGGCCGCCGACCUUCUGUCCGAGGAGGCCGAGAAACAGGCGGUCAGUAAAAUGGAGGAGCAGCAGUCUCCAGUCAGAAGAACUGUUAAGAAUCUGUCAGAGACACACAGUGACUCAGGGUAUCACACAACGGCAGCAGCGGAGGGCUUGGCUGCCUCUCUCAUGACUAGGGAACCAAACGAGAUUGAAAAGGCCAUCAGUGACACAGAAGAUGAGCCACUGAAAACACCCAAAGAGCUAGAGGCCGGCCAGACACAGACCAGCCCCAGGACAGGACCCAGAGAGCUAGAGGUCGGCCAGACACAGACCAGCCCCAGGACAGGACCCAGAGAGCUAGAGGUCGGCCAGACACAGACCAGCCCCAGGACAGGACCCAGAGAGCUAGAGGCUGGCCAGACGACCAGCCCCAGGACAGGACCCAGAGAGCUAGGGACCGGCCAGACACAGACCAGCCCCAGGACAGGACCCAGAGAGCUAGAGGCCGGCCAGACACAGACCAGCCCCAGGACAGGACCCAGAGAGCUAGAGGCCGGCCAGACACAGACCAGCCCCAGGACAGGACCCAGAGAGCUAGAGGCUGGCCAGACGACCAGCCCUAGGACAGGACCCAGAGAGCUAGAGGUCGGCCAGACACAGACCAGCCCCAGGACAGGACCCAGAGAGCUAGAGGCUGGCCAGACGACCAGCCCCAGGACAGGACCCAGAGAGCUAGAGGCUGGCCAGACACAGACCAGCCCCAGGACAGGACCCAGAGAGCUAGAGGCCGGCCAGACACAGACCAGCCCCAGGACAGGACCCAGAGAGCUAGAGGCCGGCCAGACGACCAGCCCCAGGACAGGAUCCAGAGAGCUAGGGACCGGCCAGACACAGACCAGCCCCAGAAAAGGACCCAGAGAGCUAGGGACCGGCCAGUUCCAGACCAGCCAGGACCCAGAGACAGGAGCCAGAGAGCUAGGGACCGGCCAGUUCCAGACCAGCCAGGACCCAGAGACAGGACCCAGAGAGCUAGGGACCGGCCAGUUCCAGACCAGCCAGGACCCAGAGACAGGAGCCAGAGACUGCCCUGAGGAGAUCCCCUGUCCUCCUGCCUUCAGAGUUCAGAGGGUCCAACCACAGUUCUGGAUGGAUAAAGCAAAGGGCGGGUCUGAGAACAGGCCGAGGAGGACAGUACGCUCUCUGAGCUGCAGCAGUGAGCCCUUACCUGGCCCCAUUGGGCCCCUGUUUGGCCAUAACACUGACCCCCUCGCUAAGCCUCUCUCUAGCUCUAUCACUGACUCCCAGCCUGGACAGAAAGACCCAGACCUCAUCCACCCCCUAAAGGACACCCAGCUCAGGCCUCUCUCCUCCAGCCCCAGCACCUCAGGCCUCUUUCAGAUCCCAGAGAGGCCUUCUCCAACCAGUUCGAACCAGCGGGUCCUGAGGAAGCUCACCAAGUUCUACAGCUUGCCCAGUUUCUGCCACCUGUGGGUGCAGUGUGGGCGCUACCAGGUGUGCUGCCCUGUCAGGGGACUUCAGAUUGCCCCAAAGCCCUGGUCCUCCUCUGGGUGUAGGAGACUCAGCUGUUGGUCUUGUUCCUCUGUGACUAAAGCAGCUGCCACUAACUUCCCUGCUCUACUGUAGCCCGGGCUAGCUCCUGGGCCGUAUUCAUUAGGACACACCGUAGCAAAAUGUUUUGCAAUGGAAAAUGAAAAUGAAUGUUUCUUAUUGUACAAGUUCAAGUAGUCCCACCUUGGUCCAAUACGUUUUCUUCCAUUUGGUGCCAGAUACAUACGACCCUGUAGUCUCCCUACCAAAUAUUUACCACAAACGUCUUUUUGUCAUUUCAGGGUGUAGAGAUGGCAGCGCUCUGAGGACUUUUAUUUUGAAAGAGGGACUUCAAAUUAAAACAAUUAUUUCAGAUUAAAUUUUUAAAGUGACACAGCCACACAUCUCAGAUAGAUAUAUCUUUAGUAUUUAUUACAAAAUCAAUAUAUAUUUAUGAAUUUACAAACAUUCCAUAACAUUUUCAGUUUUCAUUUUCAAAUGUUUCUCUCUAGUCAUAAAAUGCACAACAUUUUAAAAGUUGGUCCUUGACGUAAGCAUUUGUCUCCCUUUCAUUUAAACACAACCCUUUUUUUUGGGGGGGGGGGGGGGGGGGGGGGGGGUUCAAAGUAUCACAAUAAAAUGUACAUCAGAUUAAUAAUUUGACAGUUCAUUUCAAAAUAAAAGAUUAACAGUUAGAAAAAAAAAAACUAAAAAAAAUCAUAACCGUAUCUUUCCAUCAGAAAUAGAGUCAUAAAUCUCCUGUGUCAUGGGGAUGUAGCCCUUACUGUCCUCCAGGUAGUAUAAUCGAUCCUGUAUCACGGAUGGGUUGAAUCCCUCUUCGGCUAGCUUUGCCUUCAUCUGCUUGAAUGUUCCAGUCACAGCCAGGGAAUUCUGGGAUUUGAAAAUUAAAUAAAUGAUGUUCAAAUGUGUGUUUUAUGAAUCUUAAGCGUUUUGAGCAAAUCUUUAAAGGUACAAUCUGGGAUCAGGGAAUCUCUUCAACAUAUCCCAGAUCGUAGCUUUAAGUGCUUUGCAAAUGAAAGGUAUCAUGAUGAUCAUUGUAAUUUGGGACAUUAUUCCCAUAGGAUUACCUGUAUGCGUAUGAAGCGUGGUCUAGCGUAGCUGGGCAGGGACGUCUUGACGUUCUGGAACGUGGCUUUGCUGUCAAACUCCACGUCAGCUUUCAGUUUGACAGCUGCCAUCCCGAUCCUCCCCUCGUGUCCUGUGGGGUCACAAAGCAGGAUCACCAAGAUAGCCAGCUAACCUUGAGAAACUUUCAGACAUUACUAUUGAUUUGGGAUUCUCCCCUAAUGUCCUGGUGAUUCACACCCAACAUGAGGAGAACCCUCUGGGAUAAUACAUACACAAUGAUGUGACUGUGUGUGUUGUGUGUGUGUUGUGUGUGUGUUGUGUGUAUUGUUCUAUGUAACUAUAUAUAGUAUGUCAAUUGUGUGUAGUGUAUAUUAAGAAAAUUCAAUGAAUAAAAUAAUUAUAUAAAAAAGAUAGAUGUUUAAUGAGGUGACUGUAAGUCGCUCUAGAUAAGAAUGUCUGCUAUAUAUAUAUUUUUUAAAAAUUUUAGGGGGUAGAUCAGCUUUAAUAUUGCAGAUAGAUUGUAACUUCCAUCAAUGUAAUUGUCUGCAUCACUUCCAAUCCCCCAUAUGUUUUUUCCCCUCGCAUUUAUAUAUAUAUAUUGAAAUUGCAACCAACUUUCUAUGGCUUGUUUUAGAAAUAGUGAUAUUUGGGAGAUUAUUUCCUUUUCAAAUAACUGAAAGUGUGAGGUUGUAAUCUGAAUAAAGGGAAAAAGGCCAUUCUUGAACAUUGGGUGAGACAAUCUUACUAAUUUGCUAGAGAACCAGUUCGGAUUUAAGUAUAACUUUUGUAUGACUGAAGCUUUUAGUGAUAGGUCUAAUGCUUUAAUCUUAAUAAUUUCUGUCCUCCGAAUUCAUAUUCAUUAUAUAAAUAGGGCCGCUUAAUUUUGUCUGGCUUGCCAUUCCAAAUAAAAUGGAAUAUAUUUUUCUCAUAUAAUUUAAAAAACUGUUCGCUAGGCGUAGGCAAGACCAUAAGCAAAUAGGUAAACUGGGAUAAUACUAAAGAGUUAUUCAAGGUGAUUUUUCCACAAAUUGACAGGUAUUUACCUUUCCAUGGUAGCAAGAUCUUAUCUAUUUUUGCUAACUUUCUAUUAAAAUGUAUUGGAGUGAGAUCAUUUAUUUCAUUUGGGAUAUGUAUUCCGAGUAUAUCCACAUCACCAUCAGACCAUUUUAUUGGUAAACUACAUGGUAAUGUAAAAUAUUUAUUUUUUAGUGAUCCAAUACGUAAUAUAGUACAUUUAUCUUAAUUUGGUUGUACCAGAGAGGUUAGAAAAUGUAUCUAGAUCCUCUAUGAGGCUGUGGAGGGAUUCAAGUUGUGGAAUUAAAAGAAAACAUGAAUCAUCAGCGUACAAUGACACUUUUGUUUUUAAGCCCUGGAUUUCUAAUCCUUUGAUAUUAUUGUUGGAUCUGAUUUUAAUAGGUAACAUCUCGAUGGCCAUAAUAAAUAGAUAUGCCGAUAGUGGACAACCUUGUUUCACUCCUCUUGACAGUUUAAAACUUUGUGAGAAAUAGCUAUUAUUUACUAUUUUACACCUAGGGUUACUAUACAUGAUUUUAACCCAUUUUAUAAGAGAUUCUCCAAAAUUGAAAUGCUCCAGGCAUUUAUAUAUAAACCCCAGUCGUACUUUAUCAAAUGCCUUUUCGAAGUCUGCUAUGAAUAGCAGGCCUGGUUUCCCAGAUUUUUCAUAGUGUUCUAUUGUUUCCAGUACUUGCCUUAUAUUAUCUCCAAUGUAUCUUCCAUGUAAAAAACAUGUCUGAUUAGAAUGAAAAUAAAUGGAGAAACUUAUUCAAGAAAGAUCAAGUGUAAUAUAUUAUAAAAAAUAAAGCAAACUGGAUGGAUAAAUAAAAAAUAAAUAAUGUCCAACAAUACCUUAUUAAUUCUAUGAGCUAUACAUUUUGCUAGAAUUUUUGCAUCACAACACUGAAGUGUAAGGGGCCUCCAAUUUUUUAAAUGGACUGGAUCUUUGUAUAUUCCACUUGUAUCCUGUUUCAGUAAUAAUGAAAUCAGACCUUCUUCUUGAGUGUCUGAUAAUCUACCAUUUACAUAGGAGUGGUUAAAACAUGCUAAUAACAAUCCUCUGAGUAUAUCAAAAAAGGUUUGAUAUACCUCGACUGGUAUGCCAUCCAACCCUGGAGUUUUCCCGGACAUAAAGUCUUUAAUUGCAUCCAGAAGUUCCUCCUCUGUAAUUUCACCUUCACAUGAGUCUUUCUGCAUGGCUGUUAAUUUUACAUUAUCAAUAGAAAAAAAAAUCUCUACAAUUAGCUUCAGUUAGAGGAGAUGGAGGCGACUGAAAUUAAAACAUAUGCUUAAAGUACUUAGUUUCCGCCUUCAAAAUAUCAUUCAGUGAAUCAUGGGUGACUCCGUCAUUUGUAACCAGUUUCAGUAAAUUAUUUUUGGUAGCAUUCCUAUGCUGAAGAUUAAAAAAAGAAUUUGGUGCAUUUUUCCCCAUAAUCCAUCCAGUUUGCUUUAUUUUUUAUAAUAUAUUACACUUGAUCUUUCUUGAAUAAGUUUCUCCAUUUAUUUUUGUUUUUCCUCUAAUUUAUUCUGAGCCUCUAUGUUACAGUUUUUAUUGCUAUCUAUCUAUUCUUUUAGACCUUCUAUUUCCUUUGUUAGUAUGGACUCUUUUGACCUAAAUUGCUUUUGUUUUCGAGAUGAGUACUGAAUUGCAUGGCCUCUAAAGGCACAUUUAAAGGUGUCCCAUACAAUAAGGGGAUUUUCUGUACCUAUGUUAUGUCGGAAAAAAUCAGUUAUGAAUUCCUCUGUCCUAGUUAAGAACAAGUUAUCAUCCAAUAGGCUUUGAUUAAAUUUCCAAUAUCCUCGCCCACGUGGAAAUUCAGUAAGAAUAAUGUAUAUGCCAAUUAUAUGAUGGUCCGACCGCAUUCUGUCCCCUAUCAACACUUUUAAAACUUUUGGUGCCAACAAGAAUGACAUAAGAAAGAAGUCAAGACGACUAGCUUGAUUGAGUCUCCGCCAUGUAUAUCUCACUAGAUCAGGAUAUUUAAGCCUCCAUAUAUCCACUAGUUCUAAUGUAUCCAAGACAUUCAUGAUUUCCUUAAGAGCAUGAGGGUGAUUGUUUGUAGUGUGAUUUCCUUUACGGUCCAUUGAGCUAUUUAGAACGGUAUUAUAAUCUCCCACCAUAAUAAUAGAGUAUUGAAUUUCUUGCAGGGUUGAUAAUUUAUUAUAUAUAUUGUCAAAGAAGUGUGGAUCAUCAUUAUUUGGUCCGUAAAGGUUAAUGAGCCAUAUCUGUUUAUGGUCCAAUAACAUAUUUAAAAUAAUCCAUCUACCUUGCAUAUCUGUUUGGACAAUUUGCACAUUCGGAUCGAAAUUACUGUUAAUUAAUAUCAUCACCACUUUUGAGUUUCUUUGCCUAUGGGAGAAGUAUAUUUAGCCCCCCCAUUCCUUUUUCCACGCAACUUCAUCUAGAAUUGUUGAAUGAGUUUCCUGUAAAGAAUAGAUAUUAUAUUCCUUCUCUUUGAGCCAUGUAAAUAUUGUUAUUCUUUUGUUAUUAUCUGCUAAGCCAUUACAAUUAUAACUGGCUAUACUUAUUUCACCAUACACCAUAAUGAGAUACAAGUUUCAAAACUAUUUAUCAUUAUAUAUGUUUGUACAUUUACCAAUAAAAAGUACCAUAGUGAUUGAGUGUCCAUAUAGCUGUACCAUGAUAUUUGCAUUGCUACUAAGUAACCCUCCAAUUGUUCUCCACUAAUUCCCCCGCUAAAGCCCCUCCCCGUCCCAAGUUGGGCCGUCAUCCCAGUGAUCGGUAUACCACCCACGUCCCGCCGGAUCCCUAGGGCCCCGAGAGGCCAGGACCUAUCCAUCGAAAAGAGCACACAGUGCCACCCACAAAACAGAAGCAGGUCAACCGCCAAAAGCAUUUCCAAUGCUCUCACCUCAAUAUAUAUUCAGCUUUUUCUUAAAAUCAGCAUCUCUAAAUGUAUGACAGCCAUUCCAUUCCAGUGUCUAUUGAAUUCCAACACAGGCACACCUCAUUCUACUGAAUUAGGUACUGAUUAGGUGAUCACCUGAACCAAAUCUUUUUUAAUGAGGAAAAGUAUAAAAACCACUGCUGUGGUCAUCACUAUCCUCUUGCAAUAGGACCAGCUUGAUGGUAAAAACAGUGCUAAUAGUACCUCAAAAGUCAUAUUAAUUUAAAAAAUAACGAUUGACCAUGCCAAAAGAGUUGAAAAGGAAUGUUUUGAGUGAGGAAAAGAAGGGUUCAAUUCUGGCUUUACUGGCAGAGGGAUACAGUGAGCGUCAGGUUGCUUCCAUCCUUAAAAUGUCAAAGACAGCGGUUCAUAAGAACAAGGUCAAGCAGCAGACAUUGGGGACAACAAAGCUACAGACCGGCAGAGGGCGAAAACGACUCUCUACUGACCGGGAUGACCGCCAACUCAUUCGAAUGUCACUCAACAACCGUAGGAUGACAUCAAGUGACCUACAAAAAGAAUGGCAAACGGCAGCUGGGGUGAAGUGCACGUCGAGGACGGUUCGAAACAGGGGGGCAGGGCUGAAGUCGUGCAAAGCUAGAAAAAAGCCCUUCAUCAAUGAGAAGCAAAGAAGAGCCAGGCUGAGGUUUGCAAAAUACCAUAAGGAUUGGACCGUAGAGGACUGGAGUAAGGUCAUCUUCUCUGAUGAGUCCAAUUUUCAGCUUUGCCCAACACCUGGUCGUCUAAUGGUUAGACAGAGACCUGGAGAGGCCUACAAGCCACAGCAUCUCGCACCCACUGUGAAAUUUGGUGGAGGAUCGGUGAUGAUCUGUGGGUGCUUCAGCAAGGCUGGAAUCGGGCAGAUUUGUCUUUGUGAAGGACGCAUGAAUCAAGCCACGUACAAGGUUGUCCUGGAAGAAAACUUGCUUCCUUUUGCUCUGACAUUGUUCCCCAACUCUGAGGAUUGGUUUUUCCAGAAGGACAACGCGCCAUGCCACACAGCCAGGUCAAUCAAGGUGUGGAUGGAGGACCACCAGAUCAAGACCCUGUCAUGGCCAGCCCAAUCUCCAGACCUGAACCCCAUUGAAAACUUCUGGAAUGUGAUCAAGAGGAAGCUGGAUGGUCACAAGCCAUCAAACAAAGCCGAGCUGCUUGAAUUUUUGCGCCAGGAGUGGCAUAAAGUCACCCAACAUCAAUGUGAAAGACUGGCGGAGAGCAUGCCAAGACGCAUGAAAGCUGUGAUUGAAAAUCAGGGUUAUUCCACCAAAUAUUGAUUUCUAAACUCUUCCUUAGUUAAAACAUUAGUAUUGUGUUGUUUAAAAAUGAACAUGAACUUAUUUUCUUUGCAUUAUUCGAGGUCUGACAACACUGCAUAUUUUUUGUUAUUUUGACCAGUUGUCAUUUUCUGAAAAUAAAUGCUCUAAAUGACAAUAUUUUUAUUUGGAAUUUGGGAGAAAUGUUGUCAGUAGUGUAUAGAAUAAAACAAAAAUGUUAUUUUUACCCAAACACAUACCUAUAGAAAGUAAAACCAGAGAAACAGAUAAUUUUGCAGUGGUCUCAAUUUUUUCCACAGCUGUAUAUAUAGCUAUUUAAAAAUAUAUAUCUAUUCAAAUAUCUUGCAUAUCUAUAUUACUCAAAUGCAAAAUCACCUGGAACCUUGACACCGUAGACGUUGGCUUCUUCGAUACAUUCCACCAUGAUCAGGUGCUCAGUCACCUCUGUGGUGGCCACGUUCUCUCCUUUCCACCUGGACGUCAACUCAUAUCAGAUUAAUUCAGUAAGUAACCUGGCCUAGAACCCAAAGAGCAAGCAGAAGCAGAGGCAGACUGGAAACACUUCCAAGAAGCAAGAAACUAAGAGAAACCAAGCUCAUAACUCAACCUGUAGGUGAUUCACAGGACAGGACAACACAUUGUAUUAAACCCAGCUCAUUAUUAAACAUUUUGUUUGACAACUACUAAACUAAAACAGCAUUCUGACCUGAAGGUGUCUCCGAUGCGGUCCAUGAAGUAAACAAAUCCCUGGUGGUCGAUCCUCAGCAGGUCUCCACUGUUGAAGUACAGAUCUCCCUUAACAAACACAUCUGUCAGCUUCUUCCUGUCUGUCUGCUGCUGGUUAUUAGCAUAGCCACUGAACGGAGCCCGCGCGCUAAUCUUGGAAACCAGUAGACCAGUUUCUCCUGAGGACCAAAACAACAAGUAAUUGUGUGUGUGUGAAUAUGUGUGCGUGAAUGUGUGUGUGUGUUCUCACCUUUAGGGACUUUGAUACAGAAACCUCUAGAGUCUUUGACAGGUUCCUCUCUCUCUGUGUCAUACUGAAUCAGAGCGUAUGAGAAGCUUGCCUGCAAGCACACAUAAACAAACAAACAGACAACAACAAACAAACAGACAACAACAAACAGACAGACAACAACAAACAGACAGACAACGACAGACAGACAGACAGACAGACAGACAGACAGACAGACAACGACAGACAACGACAGACAGACAGACAGACAGACAGACAGACAGACAGACAGACAGACAGACAGACAGACAGACAGACAGACAGACAGACAGACAGACAGACAGACAGACAGACAGACAGACAUAACAUCAGAAAACAAUGACAUACAGUAUCUAUGUGGUGUAAUGUUUGAAUGUAGUAUAAUUUACAUUUACAGUGUAAUGUAUGUAUGUAUGUAGUGUAAUGUAUGUAUUUUAGAACACCUACUCAUUCAAGGGUUUUUCUAUAUUUGUACUAUUUUUUACAAUGUAGAAUAAUAGCGAAGACAUCAAAACUAUGAAAUAACACAUAUGGAAUCAUGUAGUAACCAAAAAAGACUGGCCAAUAAAAAUAAAAGAUUAAGAUGGGCAGUCUGAGAUAUGGCUUUUUCUUUGCAACUCUGCCUAGAAGGUCAGCAUCCCGGAGUCGCCUCUUCACUGUUGACGUUGAGACUGGUGUUUUGUGGGUACUAUUUAAUGAAGCUGCCAGUUGAGGACCUGUAAGGCGCCUGUUUCUCAAACUAUUAUUCUGACAUUUCACAUUCUUAAAAUAAAGUGGUGAUCCUAACUGACCUAAGACAGGGAAUUUUUACUAGGAUUAAAUGUCAGGAAUUGUGAAAAACCGAGUUUAAAUGUAUUUGGCUAAGGUGUAUGUAAACUUCAGACUUCAACUGUAUGUAGUAUAAUGUCUAUAUGUAGUGUAAUGUAUGUAUGUAGUGUAAUUAGUAUGUAACACCUACGUAAUACGAGUAUCUAAUAACAAUGAUGUCAUAGUGCCACCAGAAAAUAUGUUCUACUUCUUCUUGUGUUUCCAUACAGAACAGUGUCCUGACACACUUCAUCACACCGACCUAAUACAUCUCACAUAGACUGUCAGGAAUAUAAAAAUAUAAUAGUCUUUCUCAUAAGCUCAGUGUUUGCAUCCCAAUGGCACCCUAUUCCCUAUAUAGUGCACUACAUUUGACCAGAGCCCUAUGGACCCUAGUCAAAAGUAGUGCACUAUAUAGGGGAUAGGGUGCCAUUUGGGACACUGCAGCCAUUAUUGUCCAAGACAGUAGUCUCACUUUGUGAAGGAAGUGCUCUUUGCCGAUCGCGCCGACUUUCCCGAUGUAGUUGAUGAAGCCGCCAUUUCCCUCGGUGGCGCCGUAGCAUUCACAGACACGGAUGUCACCGAAACGCUGCAGGAACUCUGACCAGGUGUCUGCUCUAAGCCCGUUACCCAGGGCCAGACGUACCUUGUGAUGCCUGUCAUUAUCUUUCUGAGGAGGAGAGGAGAGGAGAGGAGAGGAGAGGAGAGGAGAGGAGAGGAGAGGAGAGGAGAGGAGAGGUGAGAGGAGAGGGGAGAGGAGAAGUGAGGAGAGAGGUGAGGAGAAGUGAGGAGAGAGGAGAGGGGAGAGGUGAGGAGAGGUGA